AUGCCGGCGGCGGCGCGGAGUGUCAGGGCAAUGGCGGCGGCCGCAGCCGUUGUGGCAAUGCUGCUCUCGACCGCGGCGGCGGCGGCCGCGCAGCACGACUACGGCGACGCGCUGCACAAGUGCAUCCUCUUCUUCGAGGGGCAGCGCUCGGGGAGGCUCCCACCCGACCAGCGCCUCCGCUGGCGCCGCGACUCCGGCCUCCACGACGGCGCCGCGGCCGGGGUGGACCUGACCGGAGGGUACUACGACGCCGGCGACAACGUGAAGUUCGGGUUCCCGAUGGCGUUCUCGGCGACGCUCAUGUCGUGGGGCCUGAUCGACUUCGGGCGCAGCUUCGGCCCGCACAGGGAGGAGGCCCGGAAGGCGGUGCGGUGGGCGACGGACUACCUGAUGAAGGCGACGGCGAAGCCCAACACGGUGUACGUGCAGGUGGGCGACGCCUUCCGCGACCACGCGUGCUGGGAGCGGCCCGAGGACAUGGACACCCCGCGCACCGUCUACAAGGUGGACCCGUCCCACCCGGGCUCCGACGUCGCCGCCGAGACCGCCGCCGCGCUCGCCGCCGGCUCCAUCGUCUUCCGCGACGCCGACCCCGCCUACUCCAAGCGCCUCCUCGACCGCGCCGUCGCCGUGUUCGAGUUCGCGGACAAGUACCGGGGCCCCUACAGCAGCAGCCUCCACGCGGCGGUGUGCCCCUGCUACUGCGACUACUCCGGGUACCAGGACGAGCUGCUGUGGGGCGCGGCGUGGCUGCACAAGGCGUCGCGGCGGCGGGAGUACCGCGAGUACAUCAAGAGGAACGAGGUGGUGCUCGGCGCCAGCGACGCCAUCAACGAGUUCGGCUGGGACAACAAGCACGCCGGCAUCAACGUCCUCAUCUCAAAGGAGGUUCUAAUGGCGAAGGACGAGUACUUCCAGUCGUUCCGUGUCAACGCCGACAACUUCAUGUGCACCCUCCUCCCCGGCAUCUCCAAUCACCCCCAGAUCCAGUACUCCCCAGGCGGGCUGCUGUUCAAGGCCGGGAGCAGCAACAUGCAGCACGUGACGCAGCUGUCGUUCCUGCUGCUGGCCUACUCCAACUACCUGAGCCACGCCGGCGGGCGCGUCUCGUGCGGCUCGUCGUCGGCGUCGCCCGUGCAGCUCCGCCGCGCGGCCAAGCGGCAGGUGGACUACAUCCUGGGCGACAACCCGCUGCGGAUGUCCUACAUGGUCGGGUACGGCGCCCGGUUCCCGCGGCGGAUCCACCACCGCGCCAGCUCGCUGCCCUCCGUGGCGGCGCACCCCGCGCGGAUCGGCUGCAAGGCCGGCGCCGCCUACUACGCCAGCCCGGCGCCCAACCCGAACCUGCUCGUGGGCGCCGUCGUCGGCGGGCCCAGCGACGCCUCCGACGCCUUCCCCGACGCGCGCGCCGUGUUCCAGCAGUCCGAGCCCACCACGUACAUCAACGCGCCGCUCAUGGGCCUCCUCGCCUACUUCUCGGCCCACCCAAACCCGGCUGAGUCGGGCGGCGACUAG